AUGCUGCCUGUGCAAAUUCUGAAGGAGAACGCACAGGAAGAGCGUGGUGCUACGGCUCGUCUGAGCUCUUUCGUCGGUGCCAUAGCUAUCGGAGACCUCGUGAAGUCCACCCUAGGGCCCAAGGGAAUGGACAAAAUCCUCAUCAGUGGUAGCGGAGAGCACCAGGGAAUUAAGGUUACUAACGAUGGUGCCACAAUUUUGAAGUCCAUCGGCGUAGAUAAUCCUGCUGCAAAGGUUCUCGUUGAUAUGUCCAUGACGCAGGACAGUGAAGUUGGUGAUGGAACAACUUCUGUUACCGUACUGGCUGCUGAAUUGCUGAAAGAGGCCGAGAAACUCAUCGAUCAGCGCAUCCAUCCACAAACUAUCAUAUCUGGAUAUCGUCGAGCAUUAAGCAUCGCCCAGAAGGCACUUCUCGACUCUAGUGUCAACUCGGGGUUCAACAUGAAGGAGGAUCUGCUCAAAAUCGCACGCACAACUUUGGGGUCAAAGAUUCUGAAUCAGCACAAAGAACAUUUUGCCAAGUUAGCUGUUGAUGCUGUUCUGAGGUUGAAGGGCUCAGGACAUCUCGAUGCCAUACAAAUUAUCAAGAAGCUUGGAGGGUCUAUGGAGGAAUCAUAUCUGGACGGCGGUUUCCUUCUGGAAAAAUUGCCAGGAAUGUACCAACCGAAAAGGAUUGAGAAAGCUAAAAUUCUUAUUGCCAAUACUCCGAUGGAUACGGACAAGGUGAAAGUGUUUGGAUCUCGGGUACGUGUAGACUCGGUUGCAAAAGUGGCUGAAUUGGAGGCUGCUGAGAAGCUCAAAAUGAAGGAAAAGGUCGAUAAGAUUCUGGCCCAUAAAGCCAAUGUUUUCAUCAACAGGCAGCUGAUUUACAACUAUCCCGAGCAAUUAUUUGCUGACGCAGGUGUGAUGGCCAUUGAGCACGCUGAUUUUGAGGGUAUUGAGCGACUAGCCCUAGUUCUAGGUGGUGAAAUUGUUUCUACAUUCGACACACCUGAAACUGUCAAGUUUGGUUCAUGUGAUCUCAUAGAGGAAGUGAUGAUCGGCGAGGACCGCCUGCUUCGCUUCAGUGGCGUUCCGCUUGGUGAAGCGUGCUCCAUAGUGCUGCGAGGUGCUACUCAACAGAUUUUGGAGGAGGUAGAGAGGUCGAUUCAUGAUGCGCUCUGUGUUCUUGUAACACAUGUUAAAGAGUCCAAGACUGUAGCGGGAGCCGGUGCAUCCGAAAUUCUCAUGAGUACCGCAGUAAUAGUCGAAAGCCAAAAGGUAGCAGGAAAAGAGGCACUAGCUGUGGAGUCGUUUGGUCGAGCAUUGGCUCAGUUACCCAUUAUCAUCUGUGAUAAUGCAGGUCUCGAUAGUGCGGAUUUGGUCACUAAACUGAGAGCUGAGCAUGCGAAUGGCCAUCAUAAUAUGGGAAUCGAUAUUGAGCAUGGUGGGAUCGCGGACGUAGUGGCAUUGGGAGUGGUGGAGUCGUUCAACGUGAAAUUGUGUAUGGUUUCGAGUGCUGCUGAAGCUGCCGAACAGAUUCUUCGUGUGGACGACAUCAUCAAAUGUGCACCACGUGCUCGCGCUCCUGACAAUAGGCCAUGCUAG